AUGAGCCGAGGAGUCAAGUGCGAAGUGAGCAUAAAUGAUGUCUCUAUUGUUGAGAAGAAGUAUGCCUUAUAUCAUAUAGCAUUGAAGGUGGUGUGGUCUAUGAAUGACUAUAGCGAGUAUAAAUGUGAAAGACGAUUUAGUGAUUUUAUUCAGUUUAAGAAACAAUUGGAAUACGAAUGUCAGGCGGAACUUCCUUAUGACCUUCCAGGCAGGAAGCUCUUUUGGGGGAGAAAGGGGAACAGUUGUGAUCCAGAUAUAAUAGAGGAAAGAAGGCUGAAAUUGAGACAGUUUUUGUCGGAUUUGUUAAAUGACUCUUUUGAAACUAAAUGGAGGAAAUCUAGUGUUGUAUCCCAAUUUUUGAACUUGCCAGAAGGAUGGUAUAUUAAGCCGUCGACAUAUUCUAGGGGCGAUGACAAGAAUAUUGAUACACAGAAUAACAUUGAAGAGCCUUUUGAUACGGAUGAAGUAAAUGAUCCCUCGAAAUGGCUAAAUGUCUUAAGAGACUGUAAGAGUGAAUUUCAUAAUACUGGUGAUGAUACUAGAAGUAUAAUGAGGCAACGUCUAGUUCUCAGCAAAUUGGAAAAAGGGUUGAAUUUUAUAGAAGAAAAUGAGCUGGUUAGUAGGAUGGAAUGUGAAAGGAGAAAGCAACUUUUGAAUACCUUCAAAAAUGACCUCAAUUCUAGAAUACAAAUUACUUCUGCUUUGGGUGAUCAUCAAGGCAAUAUUAAUGAUUUGAUGCCAUUUAAUCAACAACGCUCUUUCGAAGAACCUAAGAUCAGUAAAGGGAGAAGACUUGGAGAGACUAAAGAGACUGAAAAUUUGGGUAAACAGCAGCUUCUGCAAUUACAAAAGGAUAAAAUUAAAGAGCAAGAUCAGCAAUUAUAUCAAUUGCAUGAAAUUGUCCACCGCCAGAAAAACAUAUCACUGGCACUAAACCAAGAGCUUGAAGCUCAAAAUGAAUUGUUGGACUUGUUCCAAGAUGAGGCUACCACCAGUGCUAAUAAAUUACGUACGGCAAAUCGUAAUGCAGUUAGAUUCAAUCAAGGUCAGAGAUAA